AUGGCGAGCGGCGGCGGUGGCGGCGGUGGCGGCAGCGGCGGUGCCGGGCCCGGGGCCGGAACCGGGGGCCGAGGGAUGAGCGGCGCCCGUUGGGGCCGCGCGGGCCCCACCGCGCAGGAGAAGCUGCCCGUGCACGUGGAGGAUGCCCUCUCCUAUCUGGAUCAGGUGAAGAUCCGAUUUGGGAGUGACCCUGCCACCUACAAUGGCUUCCUGGAGAUCAUGAAAGAGUUCAAGAGCCAAAGCAUUGAUACUCCUGGCGUCAUCAGGCGAGUGUCUCAGCUCUUCCAUGAACACCCUGACCUCAUUGUUGGAUUCAACGCUUUUCUUCCUCUGGGAUACAGGAUAGAAAUCCCAAAGAAUGGCAAGUUAAGCAUUCAGUCCCCGUUGACAAGUCAGGAAAAUUCCCACCAUCACAGUGACUCUACAGAUGACUAUAAGCAGCAGCUGCCGUAUAAGGAAGACAAACCUCAGGGGCCUUUGGAAUCUGAUUCUGUGGAAUUCAACAAUGCUAUAAGCUAUGUGAAUAAGAUCAAAACCCGUUUUCUUGACCACCCAGAAAUCUACAGAUCCUUCUUAGAGAUAUUGCAUACUUACCAGAAAGAGCAGCUGAACACUAAAGGACGCCCUUUCCGGGGCAUGUCAGAGGAGGAAGUAUUUACUGAGGUAGCUAAUCUCUUCAGGGGACAGGAGGAUCUACUUUCUGAGUUUGGACAGUUCCUUCCAGAAGCUAAAAGAUCUUUGUUUACAGGAAAUGGACCAUGUGAAAUGAAUAGCGUUCAGAAAAGUGACCAUGAAAAGAACCUGGAACACAGCAAAAAACGGUCUAGGCCUCUGCUCCUUCGUCCUGUCACUGGCCCAGCCAAGAAGAAAAUGAAGUUGCGAGGGACCAAAGAUCUGUCUGUUGCAGCUGUGGGAAAAUAUGGAACUUUGCAAGAAUUUUCAUUCUUUGACAAGGUACGUCGGGUACUAAAAAGCCAAGAAGUCUAUGAAAAUUUCCUCCGCUGCAUUGCACUCUUCAAUCAGGAGUUGGUGUCUGGCUCAGAGCUCCUACAACUGGUCACCCCUUUCUUAGGAAAAUUUCCAGAACUCUUCGCCCAAUUCAAGUCCUUCUUGGGAGUAAAAGAGCUUUCGUUUGCACCACCCAUGAGUGAUCGAUCGGGGGAUGGAAUUGGUCGGGAAAUUGACUACGCAUCUUGCAAGCGCAUAGGAUCUAGUUACCGGGCACUCCCCAAAACUUAUCAACAGCCAAAGUGCAGUGGCAGGACAGCCAUAUGCAAGGAGGUUUUAAAUGAUACCUGGGUGUCCUUUCCAUCCUGGUCUGAAGACUCUACUUUUGUCAGUUCAAAAAAAACUCCAUAUGAGGAGCAACUGCAUCGCUGUGAGGACGAACGGUUUGAGUUAGAUGUCGUCUUGGAGACCAACCUUGCCACCAUCCGAGUAUUAGAGAGUGUGCAGAAAAAACUCUCCAGAAUGUCUCCAGAAGAUCAGGAAAAAUUCCGAUUAGAUGACUGCCUGGGAGGGACAUCUGAAGUCAUCCAGCGGCGAGCAAUCUACCGAAUUUAUGGCGAUAAAGCCCCAGAAAUCAUUGAAAGUCUGAAGAAGAAUCCAGUGACUGCUGUUCCUGUAGUGCUAAAAAGGCUAAAAGCAAAAGAGGAGGAAUGGAGAGAAGCCCAGCAAGGCUUCAAUAAAAUCUGGCGGGAGCAGUAUGAGAAGGCUUAUUUAAAGUCUCUUGACCAUCAGGCUGUUAAUUUUAAGCAAAAUGAUACUAAAGCACUUCGAUCAAAAAGUUUGCUGAAUGAAAUUGAAAGUGUUUAUGAUGAGCACCAGGAACAACAUUCGGAGGGCCGGAGCGCCCCGACUAAUGAGCCCCAUCUUGUUUUUGUCUACGAAGACAAGCAGAUCCUGGAGGACGCAGCCUCACUCAUUAGCUACUACGUGAAGAGGCAGCCGACAAUCCAGAAGGAAGAUCAGGGCACCAUUCAGCAGAUAGUGCACCACUUUGUGCCCAGCUUGUUCUUUUCCCAGCUUUCAGAUCUUGGCAUUUCUGAGGAGUCGACAGAUGAAGACCGAGAACACAGUCAGGGACAGAAUUUGGACACUGCCGACCUCUGGAAAAAAUCUGCGUCUCUCCCACAGAGCAGCCCCUUGGACGAAAAGGGUGGCUCGUGUGCUGCUGCUGCUGCAGCCCCUGAGCAGCCUGGGGCCCUGGACGAUGUUUACAGCCUUUUCUUUGCCAACAACAACUGGUAUUUUUUCCUGCGCCUUCACCAGACUCUGUGUUCAAGGCUCUUAAAGAUUUACCGGCAGGCCCAGAAACAGCUCUUAGAAUAUCGGACUGAGAAGGAGAGAGAGAAACUCCUCUGUGAAGGGAGGAAGGAGAAAUCCAAUGACCCUGCGAUGGAGCUGCGGCUGAAGCAGCCAAGUGAGGUGGAACUGGAGGAAUAUUACCCAGCAUUUUUGGACAUGGUAAGGAGUUUACUAGAGGGCAACAUUGAUCCCACGCAGUAUGAGGACACCCUUCGGGAGAUGUUUACUAUUCAUGCCUACAUCGGCUUCACUAUGGACAAGCUGGUACAGAACAUCGUGCGGCAGCUUCAUCACCUGGUGAGUGAUGACAUUUGUCUAAAAGUGGUGGAACUCUACCUCAGUGAGAAGAAACGAGGCGCAGCUGGUGGGAACUUGUCCUCCCGCUGUGUCCGUGCAGCCAAGGAGACGAGUUACCAGUGGAAGGCAGAGCGGUGCAUGGCCGAUGAGAACUGUUUCAAGGUGAUGUUUCUUCAGAGGAAAGGGCAGGUGAUCAUGACUAUUGAGUUGCUGGACACGGAAGAGGCCCAGACCGAAGAUCCUGUGGAAGUCCAGCACUUAGCCAAUUACAUGGAGCAGUACGUGGGUACAGAGGGAGCACCGAAUCCACCAAAUGAUGGCUUCCUUCUGAAACCUGUUUUUCUGCAGAGAAACCUCAAGAAGUUCCGCCAGUGGCAAAGCAAGCAGGUCCGAGCCCUCCGCAGCGAGGUGAAGAGCUCCUGGAAGAGGCUCGUUGGCGUGGAGAGCGCCUGCAACGUUGACUGCCGCUUCAAGCUCACCACCCACAAGAUGGUGUUCAUCAUGAACUCGGAGGACUACAUGUACCGCCGAGGGACGCUCUGCCGGGCUCAGCAGGUACAGCCGGUCGUCUUGUUGAAGCACCACCAGCAGUUUGAAGAGUGGCACAGCCGCUGGCUGGAGGACAAUGUCACCUCAGAGGCUGCAGAGCUGGUCCAGGACUGGUUGAUGGGAGAGGAGGAUGAAGACAUGGUGCCAUGUAAGACAACCUGUGAGACGGUGACUAUCCACGGCCUCCCCGUGACUCGGUACCGGGUGCAAUACAGCCGCCGCCCUGCUUCUCCCUGACUGCUCAGGAGGGGCAGAUGUCACUGACACUUGGACUCUUGAAAAGAGUGAUGGGAAUGCAAUGUGUGUAUUAUUGGUAUUUAUCAUAAUGGCAUUUUACUCAAGAUUGGUUAUUAUGUAUUUUCAUAUGGAACAUCGUUGUCUCCUUUGCAGUAUCACCCUAUAUUUUCAUGACUGGAUCUAAAACAAUCAGAUUGGAGAUUUCUCUCGGAUUCAGUUCUUCAGCCUCAGAUCCAUCCAAAACUGACACUAGGAGACAUUGUACAGCUUUGAAGCUGGUCUGGCCCGUUGGGUGCCAGAAAGAGUAUAAGAUUGGAUCAGUGUCUCCUUGUGGUUGGACCUGACCAGCUUUGUGGCAUCCAUGGGGACCUCCCUUGGCUGCUGCUUUCCUUCUUCUAAACCACCUGUCAGGUUGUGUCGUGUGCCAAACCUGUAUAGCUUCCCCAUUUAGGAUCUCUGGCUGGACAAGCACCCAUCCCCUAGUCACCGAUUGGAAGGAGCAAGACUUAGCUUGUCGAUGAACACAUUUGCAGUUGUUGCUUCUGUAUUGGAGACUCCAAAUCUCAAAACAAUAUGUAAGAAAGGGCCUGUCAUAAUGGCUGAAUGUUAGGAGACCUGGAACUUUAUGGCAUAAACACUCACCUUGGAGAUGGCCAAAUCUGUUGAUAGACUAAAUGGUACUGGCCAUGCCAAGCAUUCAUUAGAGACCCUUGGGGUCAGUGGAUGCCUUUCUGUGUUGAAGGACCUGCACUUGAUCUAUUUAGUGCCAUCUCAGAUGGACCCCCGCCCCCCCCGCCAUUGUUUAUUCCCCAGGGGAUUGCAAUCACAGAAGUAUAGCCCAGAAAAAAACUGAAGUUUGAUUUGGCCCGUUGGUUUUUAUAAGGCUCCAUCUGGCCACCAUCCAGUCCCCAGAGGCAUUCAAUCACUUGGAAAGUGAGAGAAGUGCCUUUCAGUUAAACUGAUAUCCUGUGGGAUCAAGGAUGAGCUAUGGCUGAAACCCUUGGAGCCCCAUUUGUUACCAUCAUGCUUUAUCAAGUGGCAGAUGUCAACAUUGGCCUUCAAAGGUGAAGAGGCCAGGCCUGUUGAUCAACAUGCCGCUAUUAAAAGCUAAAUUUAAAGCCAUUGGAAGGGAGGAAAGUAGGAAUGCCAGGGCAUGGAGCACCUGCCCCUCUUCCGCAGUGCUGGGGAGGCUUUUCUGGGAAUGCAGUCGUAUACCUAAGCAAAGCUGUAGAAAUGUCUAUUUAUUAUUUUGUGCUGUUGUUUUAUGGUUGUAACUUCUACAAAAAUCAGGACAAGAAUCCUCCCUGGAGGACGGAUGCUGCAUUUUCUCCUUCUGUGUCCAUUGGCUCUCACUCCAGGGCUUGGUGACAGCAACAUGAGCUGAAGUCGCUGGCUUGGUCAGUCACCAAGCUCUCCUUUCUGCUCUGAGAAGAAAGCAGUGACGGAAAAGCACGGCUAGUCCUCGUGCUUUGGCAGCAGGGUUCAGAUGCCUACCAGUGGAAGGAUGGACUGGAGUAUAAUUUCUCAGAUGUUGCUUACAUCUCGGCAAGCCCUGGGCCUGUCUGAGUCAUGAACAGAAAAUGAUCAGCUGGUGCUGGUCGUGGAAGUGACCAGCACUUCUUUGUCAGUUCACAGAUGCACCUCAGUCUUGUUCUUCAGUUCUCUCUGCCUCCUGUUGCAGAGACAACCAAUUGUGCCAAACUUUAUUAGGAUUUUCAAAUACAGAUAAGUGUUGGUUAGAGAUAUGCUAGGUUGCAACUCUUGGCUUCAGAUGCCUUUAGUGCUAGGCCCCUAGCGCCGUGGAGGCCGCUGCAUCUACGCACACUGCCCAGUCUUCUGCCACUGUCUUUGUAAGUAAACUUCCUAUCUUUGGAGGCAUCCUUCUUUUCUAAGAAACUUAAUUUAUAAUCUGUAUUCAAGACGUUCCCUAGGCCACUCAGUGGCCAUCAGCCCUUCCAAGCACCUGCUUUCAGGCACUUCUCUGAAAGUCAUGGCCACCAGAAACAGAGAGGCCCAGGGAGCAGGCCCGAAGGCAGGCACAGGCCGCCUAUGGCCUCAGUACCCCAUCUCUGCUCGCAUCUUUGCUUUGGGCCUUGUGCUUCCUUUCAGCUGUUUUGAAUGUAGUUUCCUUUUGUAUUUAUUUGCACAUUAAAGUGAAAAAUAAAACGUGGAUGAAAGGU